AUGGCCCGAAUAACCCGUCCGACUCAACUCCGACAGGGACGGCGACUUCACCAUCCUCGCCGGCUACAUCAGCGCCUUCAGCCGACCGCAGAAUGUGAAUCCGCAGAAGCUCGCGAUGAUGGCUCCAUUUAUCAACCAUCCGUCGCGAGUUGGGGGCGCCGCCGGGCUGGUGACUCGAUUUUCUCGCUUCAGCUUCGCGCCGUGGUGAAGACUCCUGUCGCGCCGUGCCGUCAGCUUCGCGCCGUGGUGGAGCCAUCUACCGCGCCGCGGUGGAGCCUCGCACCGCGGCGCUGGGACAUUUGA